UUUUUUUUUUUUUUAAUCCAUUUGAAACUGGAUAGCACAAAACGACGAAUCUGAGACGCGUUUGAUGCUUGUUAUGGCAAUAGAAAUGAUGAUAUCAUCGUUAUCUUCCAUAACAAACCUGACAUUUGCAGAUUCAUUACCCUGAUUUCUCUUCCUAUCUCGUAUUCACUCUGUUUUGAUUUGAAAACAUCGCCGGGGGGAGUUCUGGUACUGAAGCUCUUAUUUUUGUUAUCUUUUUUUUUUUUAUGUUUCUUUUCUCUUUUGCUGUUUUGGGAUUGGGCAGAAAAAUUCUCUGUAUCUGCAAUCACUGGAUCUGAUGGUUUCCAAGUGGUACUGACAUUUUGUUACUGUUAGUGUGAGAAUCUGAAUUUGUGAUUUUCUGGGUUCUGCUUGGUUGCCUAUAAAUUGGGAGGAAAAAAAAGCCGAAGGUGGAAGAAGUUUUUGGGUGUGCCCAAUUUGCUACUCUUUGUGCAGGUUCUGGUAAAAGAAGAUAUUCUGCUGUUUCUAUCUUUUGGUUGAAGCUAAAUAACUUGCACAAAAUCGAGACUUCCGCUAAUGUCACUCACUGUGAGACCUCAUUUCCACCAUUACAAGAACAAAAUGGGCAAACCCACAUCAACAAACAGAGACUGGACACAGAUCUAUGCAAUUUAUGGCAUGGACCAGUGGCAAACUUUGCUGUUCCUCUUGUGUCACGCCAUUUUCUUCUCCAUUCUAUCCAUUCUCUUCCUCUUCUACUUCGAUCCGGUCUGCAAGCUCCUAGAGACUGGUGUUCUUCUUUUCACCACCAGUGCCAGCAGCACUGGCGCUGCUCGCUUUGCCGCUGGAUUCACGGGGUGUGUGAUGGCGCUGUCCGCCAUAUGCUUGUUCUUCGCAGCCGGCAACUUCUUUUACAGCUCGGUGGCGUUACAUCAUGAUAUGGCGCAGAGGAUGGUGAGCUAUGUGAACGAUUGGUCUUCGGUUAAGUUGGCUCUCGAUAUUGGGUGCGGUCGUGGGAUUUUGUUGAAUGCGGUGGCCACCCAGUUGAAGAAAACUGGGAGUUCCGGCCGGGUUGUCGGGUUGGACCGCUCUAAAAGGACCUCUCUGUCUACGCUCCGAACUGCCAACAUGGAAGGAGUAGGAGAGUAUGUUACAUGUAGGGAAGGUGACGUGAGGAGCUUACCAUUCGGAGACAAUUAUUUUGAUGUGGUGGUAUCAGCUGUGUUUGUUCAUACUGUAGGAAAAGAGUAUGGUCAUCGGACGGUGGAGGCAGCAGCAGAGAGAAUGAGGGCAUUGGGUGAGAUGGUUAGGGUUUUGAAACCUGGUGGGAUUGGAGUUGUGUGGGACAUAGUGCACGUGCCGGAAUACGUCCGGCGACUGCAGGAGUUGAAGAUGGAGGAUAUUAGGGUUUCGAAGCGUGUAACUGCCUUCAUGGUGAGCAGCCACAUUGUGUCAUUUCGGAAGCCUGAUCAGCAUGUUUGGGGACUCAGCGAGGUUAGGCUGGAUUGGAGAUGCUGAUGUAAAUGUUAUAGUUAUCAAAAAAAAAAGGGAAAAAAAUGCAAAAAGAAAAAUGAAGCAAAAGAGAAGACUAGAAAAAGAAUUAAAAUAUAUAUAUAUAUAUAUAUAUAUAUAUAUAUACGAGUUACUGAUGAAUUUACUUUAAAAUAUCUGGAGAGACGAAGUCGAUCUAGAUAAUGUAUUAAAAGUAAAUAUAUUUAAUAUAUUUAUCAUGUAUGGUUAUCAAUUAAAAUAUUGAAGGCUUAAUUAUGUAAA